CGCCCCCCAGACGGCGGCAGGCGGGGGCCAUGAUCCGUCAAGCCACCCCCCUCCUCAAGCACAUCAUUUUCCGCAGCCACUUCGAUGCCGCCGGGAGGCAGCGCUGCCUCCGGUACCUGAAGACCCUGCGGUCCCUGCGGGCCGACGGCUACGAGACCGUCUUCCUGGGGGAGACCGACCUGUCCGAAGCCCUCGUCACGGGGGACGGGGCCGGGGCGGGCCCUCGGGGCCCCACCUGGAGCGUCGUCCACGGCGGGAGCCACCGGGGCUGGGUGCCCUGGAAGUACCGACUCUUCCUCCGAGACGAGCUGUGCCGGGAGCGCGAGGAGGGUCUCUUCGACGAGUUCUGCGACGCGCUGACGGCCGCCUACGGAAAGUGCGCCAUCGUGGUCCGCGAGAGAAGGCCUCCGGGCCCCCCGGGGGAAGGGGCGGCCCCGGUCCUCGGCUCGCCCAGCAUCUCCUGCUGCCCGGACGUCGCCCGGGCCAAGGGGCACGAGCUGCUGGCGCUGCCGGCCCAGUACGGCUACCUGAGCCCUCUGGAUACGGCCUGGGCCACCUUGAGGUGGUUCAUCCUCCACAACCAGAGGGAGUUCUCCCUGCGCUCCGCCGCCGACGCCACUUACGCUUACCAGUUCGUGUUCUUCAGCGACCUGGUGGGGAAAGGGAUCGAGCGGAUGUCUCCGGGCCGGUGGAAGACGGCCGCCGGCAAGGUGCGCCGCUGGGAGAGCUACUACCUGGGAAGGUUUUCCUAAUGGGCCUCCCCGGCCCGGUCAGCCCGACCUCCGACCCCAGCGCUCGUCCCCGCCGCCUCCGCUCGGGCGGGGGACGGCCUAGAGGCCCGGCCCGCCCUGCCGGACGCGCGGAGACGCCAUUAAAAGGUCACGAGGAAA